AUGCCGAAGUCCUCUCUGGCCGAGUUCCAGCUCCAAAAAAAGCGGACAAGCCCAUUUGUGUUUGUGUAUGGGAACAAGCGUCAGAAACGGGAGACGCAGACUACCAAGCGCACAAAAAGUCAACCAAUAAUCAGCAAGUCCGUAGACUGCACACGUCGCCCGGACCAGCUUGACGACGCCAUUUUCCGCAAAUACCUUGCGAGCUUGUGCUCGCAAAGCGCUCUACUUGGUUUUGGUCUGGGUUUUCCAGGGCUCGUCUCUCCGAAUGAUGCAUAUAUUUACGACGCGUUCGUCAACGGGUUCAUGGUUGCUGUGUCCACUCAGCUCACGCACGAAAGACUACAACCGGGCGCAGUUUUCAUUCCUCAUGGGGCUGCAAAUCCGUGGCUUUUGGACGUUUUCUACGCCUGCGGAGCAGCUUUUUUGGCAGCCAAUCGUAAAGACAUGCGUGAGCUGGCUGAAUCCAGAAUGGCGAAGGUUAUGGGCCAAUUCCAGCAAAUAGCAGCCCGCGCUUCUUCGGAUACUGACAGUAAGUGGCUGGUUGUUGCUCUUUUGUCGCUUUCGCUGCGAGAAAAGUUCUACGGUCUGGACGGCCACCGCACAGUGCUGUUCUUGAGAAUGGCGUUCCAGCUCAUCCGCAACUGGCCAAAGACACGGCUGGCAAACCGGAGACAUCUAGAGGUCCUUCCUGAGGAUAUUCGGCCUGUUGUUAGUGACCAGCACUGGCUUCUCACGCCAAUUGAGCGCACCUUGGUGGAGAGCUUUGCGUACAAUUACUCUGUUAUAGGAUUGGUUCUGGACCAGAAAUCGCAGAUCCUGCUGGACUCGCCCUUUGAGGUGUUUGACGAGCUCCAGCCGUUGCUGGAUCAGCAGCUAUACAAAUGCCCUGCUCCUUGGAUGAACAACCCGGUUAUGGGAGCCGCUCUUCCAGCGUUCGAGCUUGCAUCAAAGGCCGGAUGGUUGCAACUGCAGUAUCCGUUCAAUGAGAGUAUGCGAAACCAGGCAAUCGCGUUGUUUAGGCUGGCGAAAUACUUUGUUCCUCCUGUCCUGCCCGCUGACGUGCGAUUUAGUCAGCCCAAACACGUCUGCAAACGGCUCUUGGAUAGCUGUCUCGCCGCGCGCAUAGUGGCCCAGGGAGCGUACAUUCUUCUGUACAAAAUGCUCUAUCCUGUGACUUUGGAGAUAGAUAGUGAUAUCCAGCGCCGCAUAAGCGACUUCAUCAGCGAUCUGGAGCAGCUGAGUUUCCACUCAAGCAUAUCGGCAAUCCUAACAUGGCCAUUCUCUAUUAUUGGCACGGCCAUUGUGGAAAAGGACCAGCGUGAUUACAUGCUUUGGCGACUACGAAAUUUUGGCUACGCGACCAAGAACUCGUGUUUUGAGAGCAUCGUUGAGUUUUUGAACCGGAUUUGGGAUGCCGGUCUGGGUUGGCAGGCUUUACUCGACAAAACUAAUUUUGAUAAAUUAUUUAUUUGA